AUGAGUGGAGAGAAGCGCCUACGAGAUUUCUCCUUGGAGGAUCUCGACAAGGAGAUGAAACGAAGACGCGCACAGGAAGCCAACAGCUCCACAGCUGUGCUUCCCCGUGCUUCCAACAUUGGCCAAAAGGCUGCCGAAGACAUCCUCAAACGCCACUGCUUCCUGACAAAGGAACAACGCAAGUCUUGCGGUGAAGCCUUCCCAAUGGAUCUAGCAAUCUCUCUCUUGAGACAACAUCCAAAGUUGGUGGCACUUCCCUUCAACAAGGAGACUGUCUUUUCCUAUUUUCUUCGAGCCAGCGCUUCAAUUGCCACCAUGGCGGAGAUUUGCUCCAUGUGGAAGGCCCAUGCGCCGAAGUUAAGUUGGAGAAACAGAAACAAGUUGACUCGAACACCAAAUCCAGUCGCAGAUUUCUGCCUCUUUGGUCAAGGAGACACAGAAAUCCUUCUACUUUUGAUGGAUGCAUUUCCAAAUCAUCUCUCUGACUACUUUUUUACAACCACGAAUGGUGCUAUGUAUACCCCAUUGUACUAUUUCUCGAUCGUUGUGCCUUGA